AUGUUGAAACCAACAGUAAAACGUCCGCUCUGUCUUCUAAAGAUCUUCCACUACACUGGUGGUGUCGCCUAUUUGGACAACAAGGGCCCGUUCAGGGACCGGCUGGAGUUCGUGGGGAACCCUGCGCGCCGCGACGGCUCCAUCCUGCUCAAGAACCUGGAUUUCAGCGACAAUGGCACCUUCACCUGCGACGCCAAGAACCCCCCUGACAUAGUGGGCCGGCCCUCCAGCGUCCGUCUGCUGGUCUUUGAGAAAGUGCCCAUCCAGGCUGGCGUGAUCACAGGGGCGAUCAUCGGGUCGGUGCUGGGCCUGCUGGUGCUCAUCGUGGUCAUCUACUACCUGAUGAGGUUCCUGGUGGCACGCCGUGUCUUCAGCCUCAGUGUCAGCAAACAUGGCAAGAAAAAGAAGGAGGGAUCACAGCAGAGACAGGCAAGUUCCCUCCACUCCUACCUCCAUGUCCCCUUCUUCUUCCCCUUCCUCCUCCUCCUCCUCCUUCCUCCUGCUCCUUCCUUUUCCUCACACACGCCACGACAUCCACACAUCCGCUUGAAAACACCGAAUGCAACAGCUUCAUUUGCUGUCACAUUCCAGUGCCGCGCAGAAAAAUGACGAGAGAUUACAGUGGCAUUCAGUGUUUGAAUAUUUGCUCGGCACAGGAAACGUGUUGUCAAAAGGAAUUUUCAUCUAUUCUGUUGCAGCGCCGCCACACAAUAGCACACAUCCAAUAUGACAGUGCAUAACGGCACAGUUUCAUAAUCGCAUUCCCCCCGUUGCCAUUCCAAGCGGCUCCAAUAUGUCCGCCGUCUCCUCCUCGCAGAAACAUAUCAACAACAAUAAAACGUGUCAUUCACACCCAGCAAACGCUAAUAACGGUGUUCAGGCUGUUAGAAUUCCAGCGUCGCCUCAGUGUUGAAGUUGCUUUAAAGCCUGUUCUCUCUCGCGUGGCCCUCACCCCUCCUUCAGCCGCCUCAGGGGGGCUGAACAGCACAGCACUAGUAAACAGCCAGGGGGCAAAAAUCAAACCAGUGACUGUGAAAUGGCCGCGGCCAGGUCACAGCGCUAAUGCUGUAGCAGUAUUGAAUGGGGCUGCGCUUCGCUCGCAGAGGGAAAAUGGAUGGAAGCUGCUGAUUUCGCUCACUGGGAGUCAAAUGAAAAUCACUGGGCCUAUUAUGGUCUGGGCUGUUAUCAGUGGUUUUACGCUGCUGCACGCCGAGGAUUUGGGGCAUUUUUUUCUCAUCCAGUCCUCGUGGGAGUGUGAUAGCCUCAAGUGGUGGAUUAAUCAGACAUUUUGGCGGCUUGUAUUCUUUUGUGAAUACAAGGCACCGGGGCAAGUAGUGUUUGAUUACUCUGCGGUAAUGUGGGGGCUGGGUGGUUGCAGGGUGGUAUUGUAAUCUACUGUAUGCCUUGCAUGCUGAUAACAACAAAAAGCGGGAUCACGGGAUUCCAGCUCAGUUUUCUUGUAUUAAAAAUCAGCUCUGCAACGAGAAGCAGAAUUAUCCAAGGCUGUAAAUAAAAGGUUUUAGCGAGACGGUGAGUCAUUUAGCUGCAGGUGAACGUAAAGAGGAAGCAGCAGCAGCAGCGAGCGUCUGCCCCUGUGCCUUGAACCUAGGGGGCGACCAAGUGCACUCACUCUCAUUUCCCCGGAGCCUCUCCUCCUCCCUCUGUCUUCUUCUUCUUCCCUUUCUGCUGUCGUUUGAUUGUCAGGUUACUCUUGAGUUGCAGUCAGUUGCUCUCAAGUGCCUGCGGUGGGUGACAGUGCAUAUAUGAAUAAAUAACUCGCCGCCAAAAGGACACUGAAAUAUUUGACAACAUUGUCAUUUACAGUUACUCUCAUGCAAGUCUCAUGCAGCUCGGAGAGAAAAUACACAGCUAUUCCUUCUGAGCUCGAGCACACUUGCUUUUUUUAUUUAUUUUUUUAUUUUUCCUCUGAGCAGAUUCCUCUCUUGUAGCUACGCCACACACACAGCACCCACGGGAUUUUAUAGUGCGCUCAUAAGUGGUUGUUUGAUCAAAUAGCCCUUAUUAGGAGGCUCUGCUGACACGACGCAAUUUUGUAUCAGCCGCACCAUCUUCGUUUCUCCCUGUUUGCUGGGCUUGCACUACAAAUCUCCACGAGGCUGUGGGUGAGGGAGUGAGGGAGUGAGUGGGUGAGACAGAGAGACAAAGGAACCCCGUGGUGUGUGCUGCUCCCCAUUAGGUGGAGUUGUGGGAGAGGAGUUUACCCGACAGCCACACACAUAAGGAAGCUCACACACAC